ACACAGAGGCAUUACGUACGUUCAGCAAACUGGAUAUCUGCUCACACUAAUUAUCAGCAGCAAAAUGGGAUAAUCGUGAGAAUCUUCUCAGAAUUUCGCCAUGCUUCAAAGCAACAGGAACUAAAAAAACCAGUCGAGGAAAGUGUUUUUCUCUCAUUUUCACGUUUGUACUAUUUGUAUUCUCCACAGACGUUGGCACAAAGGGCUCUGGGGAUAAUGGUGAUAAAAACGAUUUCACAUUAUGAGCGCAGGACAACAAGAAUACAUCGUCAGAGACACGACAGAACCAUUACAAUUUUUUAAGGCUACCAAUUUGAUUUAAAAAGUGUGUUUUUCUCUCGUCAAUGAGAAUUUUUUCACCCUGUGCGAUUUGGAGAACAGAUGCUGUCAUUGUGCUGGGGACCGGGAUUUGUGCGCGUGACAUUCUGCGAGUGGUCUCGUCGGAAUGGUACGCGAGAUGAGCGUGCGCGUGUCUUUAUUGUUUGCGCGCGACAUAACGCUCAAUAACGGUCAUCCAGUCGUUGAUGAACUUAGCGACGACGACAAAUUGGGAAACGAAAGCCUGAUACUUCUAAUGACAAUUCCUUGGACAUCAUGAGCGAAGUGUUUUGUUAACGUUUGUAUUAAGUGUCAUUUCCAUAUCCCUUAUUAUGACUGGGAACUGUCGAGUUUUCAUACUUCCCUCAGAGUUGCUUUGCUUUGGCUGAAUUCACACUCAGUUGGAGAUAGUUGAGUGUGUUUCUGACCAACUUGAUAUUUUCCCACGUCAUUCUGAGCAAAAACACAAAAACAAUUAAUGCCAACAAUGGUGGAGCCUGUGGGUUUCAUUGAAGCCUGGAAAGCUCAGUUUCCAGAGUCAGAGCCGCCAAAGAUGGAGCUGAGGUCAGUUGGGGGAAUCGAGCAAGAACUGGAAAAGUGUAAAGCUUCAAUAAAACGGUUAGAAAUGGAGGUGAACAAAGAGCGUUUUCGGAUGAUCUACCUUCAGACGCUACUGGCAAAGGAGAGAAAGAGUUAUGACAGGCAGAGAUGGGGUUUCAGGAAGCCACCUCACAUGAAUGAAGGGGACCUGCAAGCUGCAGGGGCUGAUUAUCAGCAUCUCCAUGCACAAGAGCAGGGACCGGCAGAACGCAGCAGGUUUCAACCUGUAGGGGAGACUAGAGCAAAACCAAGACCUCCCCCUGCUAGGAAGUCAGCCUCCCAUGGUGAUGGACUGGAACUACAAUCAGGGUUUGAGGCACACCAGGCAGGGCCAGUCAGUGAGACGGAUGGGCUCUCACCAUCCACACAGAGGGGCGGGGUCUCCCCUCGCAGACCCCAUCCACUCCCUGACAAGGAACUGCCUUCAGAUCCAUCCCCCAAAGACAAGCCAGGCAUGGGGCUUGGGGUGGCUGCCUUACGGUCAAACUUUGAGAGGAUCAAACGUGCUAACUCGCACUCAGCCAGUGAUGGGAAGGGUGGCCAAGAGAAACCUUUGUACACCAACGUGGAGUUUCAUCUCGACAGGGGCCUAGUGAAAGUCAAUGACCGUGAGGUCUCGGACAAAAUCGGCUCUCUUGGAAACCAAGCCAUGCAGAUGGAACGGAAGAGGUCUCUCCAUUCACUUCCUGGCAACCUUGCUACAGUGGCAGGUGAUCUGCGCACCAGGCCUGUCUAUAGGGGGCGCUCUACCGAAAGCACUUGCGGGUAUGAUGCUGAGUAUGAGGAUGGCGAGCCCAGCCCUCGCUACAGACCAAACGGAGGUAAACCACCACCACCACCAUGGCAGCCAUCUGAUUUCCAGCCAUAUACUAAUGUUUACGUUGGAGGCAUGAUGUCAGGAGAGGGUGGUGAUGGUAGGGUCACUAUGAGAGACCACGGAGGAAGCGAUGACCAUCUCCUCACCUGGCCAAGGAGGUCCUACUCACCUGGGAGUUUUGAGGAUGUGGGGGGUGGUGGAGGGGGCUACACUCCAGACUGCAGCUCUAAUGAAAAUCUGACGUCUAGUGAGGAAGACUUCUCCUCAGGACAGUCCAGUCACGUGUCGCCCAGCCCUACAACAGCCUACCGUCGGCCCCUAAGGGAGAAGAGUCGCUCACCCUCACAAAACUCUCAGAAUUCUCAGCACUCAUUUGACAGCAGCAGCCCCCCCACACCACAGACUCAAAAACGGCACAGGCAGCAACAUGUGGUGGUGUCCGAGGCCACAAUUGUAGGCGUUAGGAAAACAGGACAAAUCUGGCCCCACGAUGGAGAUUUUAUUGCCUCCAGCAGGACUUCCCAUGACAACUGUUACCAUGGAGAUCUAGAUGGUCCAUUUACGGGCACUCCUCCCACUUACUUUUACGACGCAGACCGGGCGGAGGAGCAGCGACGACACCAUGACAUCCUGCCCUACAUCGAUGACUCUCCCUCUUCUUCCCCUCACCUUAGCUCCAAGAGCCGCAGCAGUCGAGACACCCUCUCCUCUGGCUCACUCGAGUCCUCCAAGUCUGCUGAGUUGGACCUGGAGAAGGGCUUGGAAAUGCGGAAAAGGGUGUUGUCUGGAAUCUUGGCCAGUGAAGAGACCUACCUCAGCCACCUGGAGGCGCUGCUACUGCCCAUGAAGCCCCUGAAAGCAGCGGCCACCACUUCCCAGCCUGUCGUGACUGUUCAGCAGAUCGAGACCAUAUUCUUUAAAGUGCCUGAACUCUACGAGAUCCACAAAGAAUUCUACGAUGGCCUUUUACCCAGAGUGCAACAGUGGAGUCACCACCAAUGUGUGGGAGACCUUUUCCAAAAACAAGCAAGCCAGCUUGGAGUGUACAGGGCCUUUGUGGAUAAUUACGAACUUGCUGUGGAGACUGCGGAGAAGUGCUGUCAAGCUAACACGCAGUUUGCCGAGAUCUCUGAGAGUCUCAAGGUCAGGAGCACCAAGGAGUGCAAGGACCUGACAGCCAAAUACUCACUGGAAACUCUGCUCUAUAAACCAGUGGACAGAGUGACCAGGAGCACCCUCGUUUUACAUGACCUUCUGAAACACACACCCUCUAGUCAUCCAGACUACCCUCUGCUUCAAGACGCCCUCCGCAUCUCUCAGAACUUCCUGUCAAGCAUUAAUGAAGAGAGCACACCUCGCCGCCAGUCCAUGACAGUGAAGAAGGGAGAGAACCGUCAGCUGUUGAAGGACAGCUUCAUGGUGGAGCUUGUGGAAGGGGCGCGGAAACUACGCCAUGUUUUCCUCUUUACUGACCUCCUGCUCUGUGCGAAACUGAAGAAACAGAUUGGAGGGAAGAGCCAGCAGUAUGACUCUAAGUGGUAUAUUCCUCUCUCGGACCUCACCUUUCAGACAGCAGAGGAGUCGGAGCCCCUUUCUAUCCCACAAGCCGCUGACGAGGAACUGGACGCUAUUAAGAUCAAGAUCUCUUCCCUCAGGAGUGAGAUCCAGAGAGACAGGGUAAAUUAUAUCUACAGCAAGAGGGCCAACAAAGGGUCAAAAGUUGUGGAGAGGCUGAGGAAGAAGCUGUCAGAACAGGAAUCUCUACUGCUGCUGAACUCUCCCAACAUGCCCCUUAGAGUGCACAACCGCAAUGGAAAGAGCUACACGUUUCUGAUCUCGUCAGACUAUGAGCGUGCGGAGUGGAAGGAACUAAUUCGAAAACAGCAGAAAAAAUGCUUUAAGAGCUUCAGCCUGACCUCCAUGGAGUUGCAGAUGCUCACAAACUCUUGUGUCAAACUCCAGACGGUCCACCACAUCCCCCUCACUGUCAAUAAAGAGGAAGAUGAAACCACUGGACUGUAUGGAUUCCUGAAUGUAAUUGUCCAUUCUGCCUCUGGACUUAAACAGAGCUUAAAUCUGUAUUGCACAUUAGAGGUGGAUUCCUUCGGCAUCUUUGUGAAUAAAGCCAAAACAAGAGUGUACAGAUACACCACAGAACCCAAGUGGAACGAGGAGUUUGAGAUUGAGUUAGAGGACUCCGAGACAUUGCGUCUACUGUGCUACGAGAAGAGCUACAACAAAGCCAAGAUGAACAAAGAGGAUUGGGAGAGCACGGACAAAAUAAUGGGCAAAGGACAGAUGGCGUUGGAUUCUCAGAUGCUCCAGGGUAAAGACUGGCAGAGAACCGUUAUCCCUAUGAAUGGGAUUGAGGUGAAGAUAUCAAUGAAGUUUACCAGCCGGGAGUUCAGCCUGAAGAAAAUGCCCUCAAGGAAGCCAAUGGGUGUGUUUGGAGUAAAUAUCUCCACUGUGACAAAACGUGAGCGCUCUAAAGUUCCCUACAUAGUCAGACAAUGUCUGGAGGAGAUCGAGAGAAGAGGAAUGGAGGAAGUGGGCAUAUACCGUGUCUCAGGAGUGGCUACUGACAUCCAGGCGCUCAAAACUGCCUUUGACACCAAUAAUAGGGAUGUGUCAGUAAUGAUGAGUGAGAUGGAUGUGAAUGCCAUUGCUGGAACGCUGAAGUUGUACUUCAGGGAGCUUCCAGAGCCCCUGUUCACUGAUGAGCUCUACCCUAACUUUGCAGGAGGCAUUGCUCUUUCAGACAGCGUAGCUAAAGAGAGCUGUAUGCUGAACCUCCUGCUGUCUCUACCAGAGCCCAACCUGGUCACCUUCCUCUUCCUGCUGGAUCAUCUCAAGAGGGUUGCGGAAAAGGAGAGCAUUAACAAGAUGUCUCUUCACAAUCUGGCCACCGUGUUUGGCCCGACACUGCUAAGACCUGCGGAGAAGGACAGCAAGAUCCCCACUAACCCCACACAGCCUAUCACAAUGGGAGACAGCUGGUCCCUGGAGGUUAUGUCACAGGUGCAAGUUUUGCUGUAUUUUCUUCAGCUGGAGACCAUCCCUACACCAGACAGUAAGAGGCAGAGUAUCCUGUUUUCCACAGAGGUGUAACGGAAUACUUACUCCCAUUCUAAGUCUCACACCAGUGUGAGAGAGAGAGAAAGAGCGCGUGUGUCCACCCACGGGAUAUUACGGACACUGGAAUGCACAAGAGCGAAUCCUUCUGGACAAAAGUGGAAUUGCUUCGUCUUUCGCUCAUUUUCUAGAUGUAGCCACUAGAGGGCACUGCAACCUUUUAAAUUUUGAGGAACUCACACUUGGAGCACACCUUGAAUAAUACUGAACCCUAAAUGUUCCCUAAAGCAGCUAAUUUUUCUCUGUUUAUCAAUGUCUGUUCAGCACCUUUGCUCUUCAUUUUCACAGAUAUUGGUUGAUAAUAGAUCCCUGAGCAUGCUCUUACAUCAUGUACAUGGGCCUCUAACGCUGUCAAAUAUGCUGGUGACAGUAAAUUCUCUCUGCUGGCUCUUUUAUGUUUGUCCUCGUACGUUGUAUGUUCCCAUUUGUCACUGUUGAAAACACACUUGCUCUUUCUGUGCUGCUAUCAAUUCAAUAUCCAACCCCAAAAAGUAACAGAUUUAUGUCAGUGUACAGUAGCCUUUUAUACAAUAGGCGAUACUUACAACUUCGUAUUGCAGUCAUUUAAAGAACUUAAUUUAGGAUUUGUGUGUAAAGUGGUGGUUGGUUCAGUUAUAGUCAGGGUUGAUGUGAUUCUAAGUUAGAGAAACUAUCCAAUAAUUGAUUUCCUGAGUAAAGUCUAAUUAUUCUUUUCUUUCUUUUUUUGCCCAUACCUCUUUUUCAAGCAAUAUUUAAGAUUUGGGGAGUGUGUUUAAACAUUAAAAAAUAUGAUACUUUUUUUUAAUCUUUUUUUUUUUUAAUUUUUUUUUUUUUUUUUUUUUAUAUUUUGCGAGAAAGAAACUUUCAUACAGAUCUAAGUACUUAAUUAAGAGCAUCUAUAUAUUUUUCUUCUGUUUUUUUUAUGCAAUACAAAUACAAUAAUUAUGGUUAUUUAUUUGUGGACAUAUCAACAUCAGUGUCCUUUCAAAGUAUGUCUGCGAUUAUCAAUUAUGUUAAUUUAGUCCGUGUUGUGAAGUACUGUAGAGUCCUUGCAUAUACUGUUUUUUCUGUUUUAUCUCAAUCUGAAUCUUUGCUUAAGCAGAAAUAACAUCAUAAGCACUCAUUCAGCACAGCUAAAUGCCUGAAGACUCUGUCAUUAAUUUGAUGAUGCUCAUAUUAUGCUAAAGAUAGCACAACAACAUCAGUGUUUCCCCUGCCAUAUAUCUACUGUUGAGAGAUAAUCAAUUGGAGAGAUUUUUUUUUUUUUACUUCAAAAUCUUCCCUCUCCUUAACAUCCAUCAAAUCUCUCCAGCUUCACACACUGUGGUUUAUUUCUCACUAAAUACAAUUCAGACUAACUAAACAGCAGUGCCUCUCUGUCUCAUUGUAAGACUUUAAGGUAAGACAAUAAUGCUGUAUAAUAGCACAAACAGAGAACACUGAUGUUUAUGUUGCCCCUGUGUCAUGUCAGAUGUUUUAAUGACGUAUAGGUUAUUUUCAGAAUGAUGCAAUACAGCUACUGUUUCCUGUUUUCAACUAUUACAGCCCCUGCUUAUCUAUAUUGUCUUUAUAGCAUUUAUGUUAAUUAUAUAAAUAAAAGUUAAUGCUCUUAGUUUUUUGUUAUUUUCGGUUGAAGAGUUAAAAAGGUGCUUUAUUUACUUUAACAUGCUGGCAUGUUCGUUGAUUUAAAGUGGGGUUUUUUUAUGUUUGUUUUGAUAAUUGUUGUUUGUGCGUUUUAUGCAAUGUUAACGUUAAACCAAAUUCUGGCUACUGUAGAAGGAUUUUUUGAAAAUUGCAACAUAUCUGUAAAAAGGGGACCUGUACGACAAAUGAAAAGGAAUUUCUAUUAAUUCACUGUAUGAAGUCAUUUUAUAUUGUUAACUAUGUGCAUACCUUGUACGUCCUCUUCUCUGGCUGCGUUUGUCUUUAACCUUGAUUGUCAGCACUAAAUGGAAAUGUUCUGUCUUGCACCCAUCCAAGCUACAGCAUUCAUAAAUGUUAUGUAAUUUAAAUGUUAAUCUUCAUUUUACAACAUCACAUGUGUGACUGAAAGGGUGUACUGUAGACACCAAAGUGUCCUGGAGAUAUGAUUGACUGUAAAAAAAGCAUUGGAGCGUAUGAAGGCCCUUUUGUCACUUGUCAAACUGUCCACAUUUGCAGCUUCGCAUUACAUUGUUUUCUGUGACAAAUGAUGGAGAAAAAAUGAAAUCAUAAAUCAAAGACAGGAAAAAAAAAACUGUGAUAUAUUGCUCUCAGAAAGCAGGUGAUAUUAGGUCAUACAAAAAUGUGUUAUUCUUUUUUUUAUGUGCUUAAUUUGAUUCUUGAAUGUUACUGGGAUAAGAAUUUUGGAGCAUUGGAAAUUGUGCCAGUUAAAUGGGAGAGAUACAGAGCAUGAUAAUUGCGAAGCUAUUAUUUGCAGUGCCUGUAGUUUAAUAACUCAUGUGUUUACAUUUCUUAUAAAAAAUAAAAUAUGAGAUUGAUUAAAUUGUAUUGCACACUCUGAGAAAAGUCUACAAACAAGCUCACGUGGCCUGUAAUUCGUUACAAAUUGUCUACGCUCUGAAAAUGUAUGUUCUGUUAAAUUAUUCAAUUGACUAACUGAUUCAAUCUGUUCUACUUCUCUUAAAGUCUUCUAUGGAAACAAGUGAUAGAUAGGUGCAAAGAGUGAUGCUGGAGUAUCCACAAAGUGUAACUGUUUUAAAUCCACCGUCUCAUCCACUGUAGUGUUAUCAUGGGUUAUGUUGAAAUUUUGCCUUUAAAUACAUGAUGAGACAUGCUGGACAUUCACUGGGACAGGCUAUGGAUUCGCUCCCUUUUUCUUCUUAGGUUUUUGUCACUAUUUAUUCUUGCUAAUACCUUAAUGUUCUGGUUAUAGGACUGUACAAAUAGAUAUUGAAUUCUGCAGACUGAAAUGUUUGGAAGGCAUUUGUGGCCUCUGUUUGUACACAAAAUGUUGAAUAAAACCUGUAUUAGAGAAA